AGCAGUAUCCUGUACACUUCAAAUGUAUAUCGAAUGAGCUUGAAGAUUUCAAGAGCAAUUUAGUGAGCUUUUGUGAGGAGAAUCACAUGAUUCAUGGAUAUUGCAGAAGUCUGAAAAAACAAGUCAACUCUCUUUCUACAAAAUUAACUACAUUAGAGGAGGAGCUGAAAGAGAAGUUGGACCAAUCUCUGUUAAGCAUGUUUAUUUGCUUACACCCAUUCAUGGAAAGCUGGAAUAAAGUCAUAAAGACAUUGGAAACAAUCUUUCCAAAAAGGGCAGAACUUUCAGCAAAAUCAACCAGCAUGCAAGAUCUUGAACUACAGAAGAUAUUCUUGGAAAAAUCAAAUGAAACCAAUGACCAGUCAGGGCGAAGUACAGCAGAAGCUGAAAAUCAAACCAUCACUCUGAAUGUGAUAAACAAGAAUAAUUUAUUUUCACCAUCUUUACAAACCACUUAUUGCAAAGGCCAAGACAAGGUUUGUUUAAACAAUAUAACCUUGGAAAAUGAAGAGAACUUCUCUGUGCGCCAAAACUUAACUCAAACAGAAGACAAAGGACCAAAUCAAAUGGCAAUGUUGUUUCAGACCAGGCAACAUGUUUUGGAAGGAAAAGCUAAACCAAUAGAUGAAAACAUGGGGGCUGUGUUAGAAGUCACAAAGUCUUUGACAAAAGACAAAAGGAACACUGUGGCUUUGGUUGAGCAAGUUGAUCCUGAGAGGAAUAAACCUACAGGUAUGCCUGAAAGUAGAACUCAAUCAGAAGAAAAUAUAAGACCACAUUCACCCGAGUCUGUCUGGAUUAUUAAUAAACUGAAAGAAUCUGCUCUUGAGGUUCUGAGGGUGCUCAGUGAUAAUGCCCUGGACAUUGAAGUGAUACUUCUACAUGUUGUACAGAUGAAUCGAGCAGUUCAGCUUUGGUUUGAUGAGGCUCAAAGAAGUACAGCUCCUCUGCAUUCUCCAAAGGAAGCAACAGACUUCUUCAAAAUGGGAAAAGGAAGACCAACUGUAAAACAGGAGGGUCGUGUUUACAGCGCUCCAUCAAGAAGCUCAUCACCACUUAAUUUUCCCUUUCUCACCAGCUGUUCUGGAUGCUACCUUGAUCAUGACCAUGCCAGGCUUCACUCUCCAUUGAUAGAAGCUUUGAAUUUAGAAUACAUUUGGACUCGAGAAAGAUGCCGACAGACAGUUCAUAACACAUUCAUCUGGGGUCAGAGACAAGGAUCAGAAGACAAUGUUUUAAAUAAGAAAAGGCAUGCCUAUAAAACAGAAAAUGGAAAUAAUCAUACAAGAGCGUUUGAGGUCACCUGUCAAACUAGCAGCGGAGAUGGAGUAAAGCACCUUUAUUCUAAGCCCUUGCUAACACAGUAUUCAGCUCUGACUCAGACAGAGAGGUCUGUGGAUCACAAGGCCUCUCAGUGCUUAUCCCUUGAGGUUAACUUGAAACAGACAUUCCCAGCAGUACAUGGUCUUUUUAGUCCACAUUGCAGUCCAACGUGUCUCACACCACGCACCAUGCCAACCCUACCUGAAGAAGAGGGACAACCAGCAGAGGCACAACACACCAGUUCUCCUCCAGUCCAAGAUGCUACUGUUGAAGGCACAACAUGCAGUAGACCUUCUAUUGUCCUUCCAGAGAAUGCUGUUACUUCAGAGGUAGAAAUUGAUAAAAAUCUGGUUAACAGACCUCAUAGUCCUCAUCUAAGACAUUCUAAUCGACACACUAAGAGUUCAGUUAGCUCAUUGACGUCCGUUGACAACACAGGCCACGUGAUUGAUCUGGUAAAUGAUCAACUGCCAGAUGUCAAAAUCUCUGAUGAAGAUAAAAAGAAGAAUCUUGAGUUAUUAGAAGAAGCAAAAAAAGUGAGCGAGAGGUUCCUAAUGCGCAGAGGCAGAAAAUCAAGAAGCAGUUUUCCUGAGUCUCCCACAGCAGUUUCCCCCACAUGUAGUCCAAGAGUUUCACCUGUAUCAUCUCGGAACAACUCACUCACUCUUCCAGUCCCAGCAGGCCCUGAUAUAUGUACAGCUGCUGGUGUUGGAUCAGUGUCUCCACUGCAGAAUAACAAAAUUAUAAAAGAGGAUGAAGGGCAAUCUGCAGAAAAUGCUGCAAAAGGAUUAAGUGAUCAAAAACAGAAUGAUCAAAGAAAGGUUUCUCAGGGAAGGUUGGUUUCUCGUUCCACUGGUUUUGAAAACUCCAAAGAGAAACUCUCUGAACAAAAAGAAAAUUUUGAUCCACUUAAGCGUAUGGAUAAUUUACCCAAACCCUCCCCUUCAAGUAGUGAUGCUGGCAAAACACUUACCACUUGUGCAGGUGCUUGUGAAAAUGUACGUGGAAAACCAUUCCUUAAGAAAUCAAAAGAAAAUGACUUUCCUUUAAGAACACAUGUCCAAGGACCGGGAAUAGUUGCUAUGGAUCCAAAGUCAAAAAGUUCUGUGCCAGAACUGGUGGACCCUAAAAUUACUUGUAAACCAGAACCUAAAGUGUGUGUAAUGUCCCCUCCUCUGCUACGAGCUGUAUCGUGGGAUAGUACAGAACCAGGACAUAAAGAAAAAGCACUUUUUAAAUUACCGUCUGAAGAAGAUAAAACUUUUGCCAUUGGUAAUAAAUCCAGCAAUCAGUUAACUAAAGCAACAGCAUUCAAAGACCUCCAAAUACAGGUUCAGCCCAUUCGAAUGCAGAAACUGACGAAGCUCAGAGAGGAACAUAUUCUGUUGCGAAAUCAAAACUUAGUUGGACUUAAACUGCCUGACCUUAGUGAAGCAGCUGAACAGGAAAGAGGCUCUUCACCUGUACCUUCCCCAACUGAGGAAGAUGCAAAGAAUAGCUCUGAUGUCAUGCCUAGCAUUCCUGAUAUCCUGCUGCGAAAACUCCGUGUGCAUAAAUCUCUUCCAGGAAGCCCCCCUGCACUUACUGAAAAAGAAGUUGAGAAUGUAUUUGUACAACUUUCCUUGGCUUUUAGAAAUGAUAGCUACACCUUGGAAUCUAGAAUUAAUCAGGCAGAGAGAGAGAGGAAUCUUACUGAGGAGGACACUGAGAAGGAACUGGAAAACUUUAAAGCAGCUAUUACGUCUUCAGCUGCCUUAUGGCAUCACUAUGAGCACAGAGAAGCUUACCAGAAGCUGUUGGAGGAUAUUGCUGUACUGCAUCGUUUAGCUGCUCGACUAUCUAGCCGUGCCGAAAUGGUUGGAGCUGUUCGUCAGGAGAAACGCAUGUCAAAGGCCACAGAAGUUAUGAUGCAGUAUGUGGAGAAUUUGAAGAGAACAUAUGAAAAGGAUCACGCUGAAUUAAUGGAGUAUAAAAAACUUGCCAAUCAGAAUUCUAGUAGAAGUUACAGCUCAUCAGAAGAUGGAGUACCUCGUUCAUCUAGAUCAAUGUCUCUUACUGUUGGAAAGAACAUGCCUCGGAGAAGAGUCAGCGUUGCAGUUGUUCCUAAGUUUAACUUAUUAAAUAUUCCUGGUCAAUCACCUAGCACAUCACCUAUCCCUUCAAUGCCAGCUCUGUCUGAAGCGCCUAAUGGAAAAAGCAAUCUGACAUCUACCCCUGUCCUACCAGCACUCUUAGAGAAUGGAAAGUCAAAUGGGGAGCAUGACUGUGAAUCGCCUGCUUCCAUGUUAACACAGAGCAUCUCGGUGGAGAUUCAUCCUGACACAAAAGCAAGGAUAGAGGAGGAAGCAUAUAACAAAGGUUAUCAGGAAGGCUUAAAGAAAACCAAAGAACUUCAAGAGCUGAAAGAGGAAGAUGAAGAGAAAACAAAAGAAAGUCCUGAUGAGUGUGAAGAGGAAGAAAACGAUGAUGACAUAAAAAAGAUGACAAACAGCAAACUUGAAGUUGUAAUUAAUUAUUUACAAAUACUGUACCCCAAACUGUGCAAACACUGGAAUGUGGUCUGGAUUGUAGCAGCAGCGAUGAUCAUUUUUGCUGUGAUGUUGGGGAUCUACCAUUCGUUCACCUCCUGUGUUGAAUUAUCAGAUGGACCAGAGGGGAAAGCCACCUGUUCUGCUGUCCAGCAAUACUCCUGGUGGAAUUCAGGACUUCAGCAUGAGCAGCGCACAGAAUAAUAAAUGAAAGAUAAAAUAUUUAUGGUACAUAAUCAAGCACACAGUUUAAAACACAGAUCUUAAAGCAAAGUAGUGCUUUGUUGUUUUCUGGUAUCAAAUGUGAUCAGUAAGCCACAUGAGUUAUUCUGCACCAUCAGGCUUGGGAAUCGCUUGUGAUUCAACCAGGCAAGCUGACCCUCCAAGAAGUGCUUCUGCCUUUUUGUCCUGCUCAUUGUAUCUGACUGAUAUCAGUAGGAGUAAGAUCACAUUUAAAUCCACAUUGAGAUUUUAAUAAUUAUCAGCAAUUACCAGGACAUUUAAGGUAAAGGCUGACACACAAGGCUUUGAGAAAAAGCCAUAAAAACUCCUGUCUAUGGAGUAUCUGCUUUAACUUGGCAUCUCCUGGCUUUUUUUGAUUCUUGUUGAAACACUAAUGCCUUUUAAGUGUAGGGGUUUUUAAACUGUAUUUAAUUUCCUUGUUUAGGGCUGUUGUAUGGGAGGGCCUUCCAUGGAAGACUAAAAACAAGAUAUUGGGUCAUAUUUAUCUGUGGUGUAGGUGCAUGGGAAGAGUUGUACAGGGAUGAAGAUGACCAUGACUUUGUGUAACAAUCCAAACAAAACACUAAGUACAUAUAUACAAGCAUCCUAUCAGAAUGACCUAGAUGGCAGGGCAGAUGCUCCCCACUGUGUCCUCUGUGCUGGAUACCUUCUUAGUGUAUGAAAGGGCCAUGCUAUAUAGUGCAUUUUUCUGUUCCUCCGAAUAAGAGUGCAGUGCAAUCGUUGCUGAUUUUUGCUUGGCAGAUUAGAUAUGCCCCCUAAACCUCAAACCACAGCAGUCUUGGACUUGAGAUGAAGGCCAGCACUUGAGCACUCCAGAUGGAUUCUGCUGUGCUGCUUACAUUAAAAGGGACUCCCAGUGGUCCUCCUCUUCAUUCGCUUGCACACCAACACAGCACUGUUUGCGGUAGAGUCCUUUGGGUGGUUAAACUGCUUAUGAAUUUAAUGUCCUAUACGGAGAUCACUGCACAUGUCCAGUAGCUCAGUUUCAGAAUCAAAUGCAAAAUGUGUUGACUAAUAUAUUUUCAAACUAAGUUAUUAGGUCAUUAUCAAUUGAUCAUUUGUCCAACUUUUUACUGAUUCCACCUAUUUUGGAAUUCAAGGAAUUCACAAAGGAAUGUGAAAAUACUGACAUGAUAUUGAGGGUUUUGUGUAUAUAUGAGUUCAACCUGGCUUAGGGGGCUGACAACUGAAUGCAGGAAUGUUCUGUCUCUUCCUGCAGAACAUUCAUCUUCCCAAAUAGCUAGGCAUUUGAACACAGCUGAAGUUUCACACCAAAUGCGACCCUAGAGUGAGUUGCUGGGCUUCAGCAGCUCACUUCAGUUGGUGUUUUUGUGGGAUUAUCAGUCUUGUUUGUUGAGUGAUGACAGGGCAGCUUCCGCUAGGGAAGGAUGAGGAAGUCCUGUGCAGGACGUAAUUUCAGCUCACAUGCAUGGAGUAGCAGCCUGUUUACUUUCAGUGUAGUCCCCAAACUCUUAGCGAAACAACUACCUGCAGGAAUAACAUUGGCUUUUUGUUGGUUUUCAUGGGGGAAGGGGUAAAGGCCUGAUUCAAAAGUUGUUUUGACUUGGACUUCUACCAGUGGCAUCUACUACUACUAAAACUUGCUUAUGGGAUGCAUCUCUUUAAUGUUAAUCAGUAUGGGUUUUGUGUCCCAUGUUUCUCAGAUAGAUGUUGCUUUGGAGAGAGAAAGGAGAUCAGGCAGCCAGUAUUGUUUCUCAGCAAAGUUAUUUUCCAUGGAAUGAUUUAGUAAUGAUUUUGAAAAAAAAAAUUAAAUAAAAAUCUCUGGAGGAAUAAAAACGUUAGAGGGUGAUUAAGGAAGUACAGUAAGGAUAAAGGGAAGGUGUCAUUGGCUGACAAACUGUAAAAAAUAACAAAUAAGAAAAAAUGGUGUUUUGCAAAUUAUCUGUCUGAUUAUCCAUUGGAUAAUUAGAAGAUCUGAAAAAUAGGGAACUAUUAUACUUGUCAAAGACUUUUAUUGUUUGAAUGGAAGUUAAUUUGAAAAGCGUCAUAUGGUAUUGAGAGCCAGCUUCUCUGAAUUCAGAAGUCUAGGAUUAACUUGUCAUUGAUGUGAUGAAGAAAUGAGAAAUUAAGGUUGCAGGUCUUGAAAAGAAUCAGAAUCCUCCAUUCCAAAAGAUGGAUUUUACUCAAAUUAUGAAGUUAAUGUAUCUAUUGAUUUGAGCUAUGAAGAGCAGACCUUCAAAAAUCUAAUGCAUUGGUAUUUGUUAACCCCUUUUAAGAUGCAGCCCAAUCCUGUUGCCUUUAUUUAUGUAAGAAAUUACUGAUCCAGUAAAGUACAUAUGCAUGUGUACAACUUUAAGGACAUGAGGGGUCCUUUUUGCCCACAACUCAAGUUAGGCAUAUUGCCCCCAUGCAGAGGGCAUGUAUAAGGUAUAUACAUCCCAUUUGGAACUUGUAUGGGCUGGCUGCACAAGUGUCAGAUUUAUCCAUGGUCAGUACCACUGAUUUGAACUAAAAUAUUUGCAUGAACAGGAGAACAGAAUUUAGCCCCUGAAUCAUCAACUAACAUGGGGCAAAGGAGGAAAAAAUAUCAUGUUUUCUGAAUGGGAAUUAAAUGAGGAAAAUAAAAAGAGUGGAAAAAUCAUUUGCAUUUUUUAUGAUCUAUUGUAAGUAGACUGAAAAUUUUAAAUAAUAAACCAUGGUGGUUAACAGCACAUUCAGUACUCAGAUUUAUAUUCUUUUACUAAUUGGGGAAAACACCUUCAUUUUUCUGAAUAGAAAAUGGGCUGAGCUCAAAAAGCAUUCUAAAAUCAAAUGGUGUCAGGCUGAAUUCAGUUUGCUUUUUCUGAAAAGAAAACUCUUGCUUUUUUUGUUUUCAAAGGGGACAUUGGAUUACAAAGAAUAGGUCCAAUAUUUAUGCUAUUAAGAUGGAAAUUAGUUUUCUUGAAGUGCAAUAUUUAUUUUUCUGCUUUAACAAGACACGUUUAUUGUUUCUCAUGCACAGCACGGAUGUUUUUAGUAGAAAGAAUUGAAAAGGGGCACUAUUUUUUGUAUCAUAUUAUUUAAAUUUGUAACAUUGUAAGAUGCUGCACAAGUGUGCUAGUAUUGUACUGUAUAGUAUCACAUACUUGAGAUUUGAAAUAAAGGUCCAGUUUCAAAGUCCUUUC